AUGGUAAUCAUGAACUACUACAAUUGUGUAACAUGUGCAGCAACACCAAUGUCACAAGAUUCACCGUUACCAGACCCGAGACAAACCAAGGUUAUCCUUCCCAAUAAAAAACCUAUGAAAUGGUCCACUGGUAUGGCUCCUGGUGAUUACGGUGGUCCUCCACCAACCACCAAGCUUCGUAAGUAUUGGGGUGGUGAGGAUCCCGACCCUUUGGCUUCUGAUGACUUUAUGUGGAACAAGGAUUUCGUCCCGCGUUUCAAGAGGAUGAUUCAGCAACCAAAAACUCCCAUUCAACCUUCUCCUUCAAAGGAAGUGCCUUCUGGGUUUCUUAGCUUAAACAGAGUCAUGAGCCUCGACAGUAUGGAAGUUGAUUUGAGCAAAGAACUCUCAGCUCCUGUAAAUCAUAUUGUACAGCAGCAAAUAGAGACACCAACUAUUGCAAAUGCAAGUGAAAGCAAGAGGGUAAAAUGGAGAUUGGCGCCAACACGCCGUGAGCAAGACAAAUGGAAUAGAGCUGCCAAAGCUGCAACCGACGGAAGCGAUGUGAUGUUUCGGGAGUUAAGGAAGUCUCGUGAAAAUCCCGAAGUAUUGGCUGCUCAAUACAGGGAGCAGUAUGAUAAGUUAAAAAAAAGGUUGCAAGUGCUUACAUUGGGUAUAGGCGGCAUUGGUCUGGUUUCAACUUAUGUUUCUUAUUCUCCUGAGAUCGCAGCUAGCUUUGGUGCUGGCUUUCUUGGUUCUUUGGCGUAUAUCCGCAUGCUGGGAAGUAGCGUGGAUUCACUUAGUUCAAACGGUUCAAGGGCCCUUAUCAAAGGAGCAGUUGGGCAACCAAGAUUAUUGGUUCCUGUUAUAUUGGUCAUGAUUUAUAAUCGAUGGAAUGCGAUUCUUGUUCCAGAAUAUGGUAUUAUGCACUUAGAAUUGAUACCAAUGCUAGUUGGUUUUUUCACAUACAAAAUAGCAACUUUUGCUCAAGCUAUAGAGGAGGUGAUUACCGUAGCUUCAAAGAAGGACCUAAAUAUAUCGUCCAAGGGCUAG